AUGGCGGACACAGCCGGUUACUCCACCAACGGUGGCGUCACGAGCCCUAUUGCCACCGCCGCCAAGGGCGAGGCUGCAAAGACCUCAAGCGAGUUCAACAAGCUGGCCAACGCCCGCCAGACCCCGUCAACACCCGCGGCCACUGGUCAGCCCCUGACGCACUACCACUCAUUCUUUUCCGAACUUCUGUCGUGGAACAACCCCCGCGCCUCCGGAAUUGCCUAUGCCUCGAUCGUGGCCUUUAUUUUUGCCGUCAGAUACCUCGACGUCAUCCGGUGGGGUCUGAGGCUGACGUGGAUGAUCCUCGGCGUCACUGUCGCCGCUGAGACUGCGGGCAAGCUGGUCCUGAACAAGGGCCUUGCCAGCCAGAUCCGCCCCCGCACGUACUACACCCUCCCGCGCCAGGCGCUGGACAAUGUUCUCGGCGACGUGCACGAGUUGCUCAACUUCUUUGUCAUCGAGGCCCAGCGCAUCGUCUACGCUGAGAACGUCGCUGUGUCCGCUGCUGCCUGUGUUGCUGCUUUCCUGUCGUACUACCUCGUCAAGAUCGUGCCGUACUGGGGUCUUGCUCUGAUCGGCACUAGCAUCGCCUUCAUCGCGCCGCUCAUCUACAAGACCAACAAGGAGCUUAUCGACGCCCAGGUCAAGAAUGUGUCUGAUCUCGUCGGCGCCCAGACCAGCCAGCUCCGCGACGUUGCGAACAAGCACACCGCCCAUGCCACCGAGGUUACGAAGCAGUACAUGGGCGACUACACGGCCAAGGCCCAGCAGUUGCUUGGCGGCCGUUCUGCUCCCGUCUCUGUCCCGACACCCGCUGCCUCCAAGCCGGCUCCCGCCGACACCAAGGCCGCGCCUUUUGCCUCCAAGUCUGUGCCGGUUGCUAAGCCUGUGACCGUCGUUCCGGCGGUCGUGGCGACUGCCCCGUCUGUCCCCACGACCGAACCCGUGACGAGAUACGAGGAGACCGACUUCCCUACCGCUCCCAAGGUGGAUCUAAAUUCGCAGCCGCCCAAGGUUUCGGCUGAGGAGCCCCUUGUCUCCCUGUAA